AGUACGUAAUAAGUACCCUAUAGCGUUAAGCAGAAGAAAAAGUCAGGGUUGGGUUUAUCGCCGCCUAUUACAAAAUAGGAAAGGAAAGCCUUUGGAGACGUCCCUGCUCGAGACAAAUCCAACAAUAAUGCUGAUAGGCCUGAGUAUUUUCAAUGUGGUUUGUCUGUACACAAACCAGGAAGAAUCUGGGGUAUCAAAAUCAACUAUGCUUAAUCAACUGAUGUACUAGUGAUUAAGAUUAAAGAUGUCAUGGUUAUUUGGGAUGAAUCAACGGCCUCAAGACUUUUCACAGUAUGUUCCUCCGCCAGCUGCUGCUGGUGGUGGGGGAGGGUCAGAUGAUGACAGUGGUUCAGGCAAAGGCUCUAGUGCAAUGGACGCAUAUAGAUUCGAUUCUGCAGCUUUGGAAAGGGCUGCUCGCGCUGCCAAAGAACUGGAGAAAUCUCAAUUUGCAAAGGAAGCUUUGGAACUUUCAAAAAUGCAGGAAGAAACAAAGCAGAAGGAGAUUAUUUCUAGGGCAAAAGAAAUGGAGGUACAAAUUGAAGCCGCUAAAGCAGAAGGGAAACGAAUAGAACAAGAAGAAAGACGCAAGACUUUACAAGAACAAUCAAAGCUUGAUCAACAGAAAGCACAAUAUCAGGAUCAGUUGUCCCGUAAAAGAUAUGAAGAUCAGUUAGCACAACAACAGAGAAUGAAUGAAGAGAACUUGAGAAGACAAGAAGAAUCUGUAGCUAAGCAAGAAGCCCUUAGGAAAUCAACAAUUGAACAUGAAUUGGAGCAACGGCACAAAUAUGAUAUGAAAAGAAUUGAUGCAGAGAUGGGCGCAAGGGCAAAGAUGGAGAGAGAAAACCAGGACUUGACGUUAGAGCAGAUACGUGUUAGAGCAGCCGAGGACAGGGAAACUACUCUGAAGAGUAUGAUAGAAAAGCGAGAAACUAUAUUAGCUUCAAUAAAAACAGCAGGUUCUGCAAUUGGCACUGGAAUUGAUACUUUCCUAAGUGAACCUGCGAAAAUUCAGGCGGCUGUUGCUGGUCUUGUUGCUCUCACUGCAGGAUACUACACUGCUAAGGGGUCUUUAGGCAUCCUGUUUAGAUUUUUAGAAGCAAGACUAGCCAAGCCAUCUUUGGUGCGAGAAACUUCAAGAAUAAGUUUGUUUGAUGCUGUACGGCAUCCAGUUCAGUCUGUAAAGAAAAUAAAGAAGAAGCCAGAAGAUGUUUUAGAAGGAGUUGUUCUUAACCCAGGUGUAGAGGAAAGAGUCAGGGAUAUAGCCAUUGCUACAAAGAACACAAAAUAUAAUAAAGGCAUGUACAGGAAUAUUCUCCUUCAUGGGCCUCCAGGAACUGGCAAAACACUUUUUGCAAAAAAAUUAGCAAUGCACUCUGGGAUGGACUAUGCUAUAAUGACAGGUGGUGACAUUGCUCUCCUUGGCAAGGAGUCUGUAGGUGCUAUUCAUAAGGUGUUUGACUGGGCAUCAACAUCACGUAAAGGUCUUGUAUUGUUUAUUGAUGAAGCUGAAGGAUUUUUAAGGAAACGUCACGAGAACAUUAGUGAAGAACUGAGAAUGGCAAUAUCUGCAUUUUUAUAUCGAACUGGUACUCAAACUGACAAGUUUAUGAUGGUGUUGGCUUCAAACACUCCAGAAGUUCUCGACUUUGCCGUUGUUGAUCGAGUUCACGAGCCUGUUGAGUUUCCUUUACCUACACAACCGGAACGUGAGCGACUAGUGCGUCAAUAUUUCGAAAAAUAUAUUUUGCUUCCUGCUGCAGAGGGUAAAAGGAGAUUAAAAGUUGCAGAGUUUGACUACAGUAAGGCAUGCUCAAAAGUUGCUGAAAUGACAGAAGGUAUGUCAGGUCGUGAGAUUACGAAUUUGGCGUUAGACUGGCAGAUGACCACCUAUGCUUCUCGAGAAGGCAUUUUCACAGAAGCUGUCAUGUUAAAGCGAGCAGAGGCAGCUGUGGAACAUAGAAAACACAAGGUCUCAUGGCGAAGUGCUCACGAAGUCAAGAAAACCAUUUUUAGUGCAGCCUUGGUUUCAGCAGUAGAAGAAGCAGCAUCAGCACCACCAGCUAAACCGGAAGCAAUUAGUUGAGAAGAAAUAUUCCAAUAGAAUUGUUAGUCUUGUACAUGGUUAUUUGUAUAGUAAGAAAUUUUGUUAAUAUAGUAUUCAUUUGUAAGAAAAUUGAACAUACUGUUUAUAGUUACAAUCAUUUAAACAGAGAUCAUUGUCAUAUUUUUAUGUUUAUGAUAAUACAUGAUGGAAGGAA